CAACGAACCCAACUGGCAGCCAUGAUGUAGACGUCGUCCUGUUCGCGUGCUAAACUCCUUCGUCUCGUGUGAAAAUGUGCAAACAAAUAUUUUAUUGUUUGAAGAGCAUGUAAAUACUUCAACUUACUAAAAUGGCAACUCCGACACAAGAAUCGUUCGAUGUUGGCCCGAUGGACGACGGUUUACAGGACCUUGGAUUACCAGUGCCAAUUCAAACAUUCCUUUGGCGUCAAAUAGCUCCUUUUAUUCGGCCAAAACUUGGAAAAUUACACGAAGCGAGUUGUAUGUUUUGUCAACAUGCACCAGGACAUCAUGAAUUGAAGGAAGCUUGCAAGUCUUUCGAGAAGGUCCUAGUUCAGAAUAUACAAUUCGGCCUAUCACCGUCGUUAACCGAGGCAUUGAAGUCGAUCCCACGAUGGAGAUUACUUCAGGCGGCUUUACCACAUCUAAUGCAUUGUGCAGGAGCUUUACUUCAUAACAGGGUGAAGGAUCUUCAAGCGCUUGGUGCAGCCGAAGUGAAAUUGCUGUAUACAAUGCAAUGGAUUCUCCUAUAUGCUUCAGAGGAGUGUGCUGAUGCUGAAGCCGAAGAUUUUCCUGCUCUGAAAGACCCAACCAACAGAACUAACCAGUACCUCUUUUCUGUGCCAACGAUUACACUUUUUGUAUACAUAUUUGCGCCAAUUGUACACCACCUUAAAGAAUCGGACUUCCAGAAUUUUCGACUAGAAAAUGGUAUCAAACUAUGGCAAGGUAUGUGGGAGUAUCGAGCUCCCGGAGCCCCUUGUUUUAUUGCACCGGUCAAGCCGAAAGCCCGAAAUCUAUUAAGUCCUCCGAGCCCUAGGGAGUCAUCAGAUGUUUUUCCACCAAGAAAUCAAUCUGAUCCAAAUGCAAUGUCGCCAACUGCAGACUCACCGCAAAGUAUCUCAUUUUCAGAUACACCCAAGCAUGAAGAAGAAUGCUCCUGGGUAUCUUCCCCAAAAGAUUUUAUGUUCCCUGAAACAAUUCCUGAGGAAGCAUCAAGCCUCGAUGAGGAACGUGUGGUUAUAUUCCGUCUGCCAGCAGGACCUCUCCUAAUGGACCCAUCCUUCUAUACUGCCGAUGCCAGCUUGCUACAGAAAUCUCAAAGUCGCCGAGGAAGUAAACAAUCUAUUCAUACACAGCAGGCUUCGCAAUAUCCCACUCGAUUUGACUUUGACCAUGAAAAAAUACUGGAGAAGACAGCUAGUAAACCAAAAACGGAACAAAUAAAGACGAGUUCUUCUACAGAAAAGGAUUCAACCGAUGCUGACCCAAAGAGUCCAGUCUACAGGAAGUAUGAUGUGGCAGCGGCUACAUUCAUGGAUGUCGCUGUCUUGCGUUGUCUGUUUAUCUCGCACUGGCAAGAAGAGGGGGUUUAUUGGAGCCUACACUUUUUAUAUAACAGGCUACGUGACAUCAGCGAAGAGACUAUAAUCCCCCAACAGCAGCCCCGGAAGAGAUCAAAUUCAUUGCCAAUACCUCAAAUUGAAAUUUCACUGUAUCAAGGACCUGGCAGUAACAGCCGAGAUAGUCCAAGUGGAAGCUCAGUAACAAAAGACUAUAUUGAGAUUCCAGAACCCCCUAUAGCAGCCCUACUCACAGAUUCUCCAUUUAAUCCCAUUGGGAAAUCAGAUGAUAGUAGUUCAACCACUGGACGACGAGGCAGUGAGAAGAAGAAACGCGUGAAAAUGGCUGAUAUUAGAGCCUUUGUAGAGACGAAAAUGUUUUCGAAAUCAGACAGAGCACUAGAAAAAGUUGGCCUGGACACUGGUGCCAAUGGGAAGUCCUUGCAACAUGCUGAUUAUCAUCGCAGCCUAGACACUGGCGAAAAGAAAUUGUCGCGCUCAGCAUCUAUGAUAUCCCGUGAACCUACCAGCAAUCUCAUCAAAGGAAAGAGUAUGCCCAGUUUAAGCUGUCUUCUAGAUAGCGGAUUUUACAGAUACGUUGAACCUCAAAAGCCGAUGAGAACGUCGCAGUCGACUGGGAUGAAAACUACAUUCUUCACGAGGAAUCCAAUCAUCACUGUAACUGAGCAUACACCGACUCCAUCUCCGGAUUAUUUGAAACGACAGGGUUCCAUUGACUCCCAACUUGACGUCUUAAGCAACGGUGGAAGCCUCAGUGGAGGAGGAUUCAGAAGUCACAUGCUUAGAUCCCACACAGACUCACAUAUUGACUACAGUGGAGCUGAUGAAUCAGAGGCACCAGGAUCAUCGUUCUACAUAACCAGGGAUGGGGGUAUCGAUUAUGAAGUAGUUUUGCUUUCAGUUUUCUCCGUAUUCAAGCGUGACUCGAAUGUCUGCUCGUUGAGGGUGUUGGAAGCUGGUUUGAAUAUAUGCGAACUUUUAUUGGACCUAGGUGUUCUGAAAUUGGGGGAUCAUGCCCAUGAAAUAUCAAUGGGUAUCGUCAGAAGGGCGCUUCUUCAUCUGGGUUGCCCUCAUGGGUGUAAUGAUGGAAUACGUGGACCGCCUGCAGAAUUCUUGCGUGUUCAAUGUCAGAAAAUAUUGUCCCGGAUGCUGCGGCAAGUGUCCUCUCAGACAAAAAGUUAUCUCCGAAAAAUGGUGAAAACUUCAACAAUACACGAAAUAGUUGAUUUCUUCCAUGCCUUCGUUGGCUUCUGCGUUGAUCCUAGUUCUUUACUUUCGCCCUUGAAUCAUAAACGUUCCUCGAGUGGGUUAAAAAAUCUUACUCCUGAUCUUGGCGGCGUAACACCAGGCGGCCAAGGUGGAUAUUCAACGAAUUUCAGCGGCGGUCUGAGUGGUGGAGCUGAAAGUCAAGUGAUAACUGCAGUAUUUAAGGUUCUCAUAACACGUUUUGUGGAAGCCAGCAAGGAACUCAGGAGUCAAGAGAAUCUGGCGCUAUAUUGUGAUAUUCGCCAGUUAGUUACUUAUGUGAAAGGAGCUCACGGGGGACCAUUCAGGAGAGUAGCACUCAGUGGAAUAUUAGCUGUAACACCAAGGCCACACAAGAAAGUACCAUGCAUGCAGACCACACGAGUUAUAAGGCAUAUUCCACAGAGCGAAUGCCAAAACAAUCAACAGGACGACAAUCGAAGUCAAAGGAAGCUAUUUUUCAAAAAACGCAGUACUUCUUCUACUUGCGCGGUGAGUCUCCUAGAAACAGAAAAUCUUGAAGAACAAUGUCGCAUCAGCCAAAGUCCUUUGGGUAACCUUCGGCGCAAAGCAACUAGUAUUCGACCCACACUUACUCCCAGACACAGCGAACGUGCUCUUCUGUCUGAUUCCACCUCAAGUUCGGAGAGAAACUCAGUAGGACGCCUGAGCGGAAUCGUUCGAUGGUUCAGAGGGGCUUCCAAGGAAAGAUGCUCUGUAGACUUGGAAUCUGGAAUUUUUAAUCCAGAUUUAGCUUCGACGUUUAUAAGGCACGGUUCAUUGAAAGUACAAGGACGUCGAACUGGUGAAGGCAUUGGACGUUCACUACAACGAGCCAGAAGGAGGGUUGAGCGCAGACUGAACCGAAUUGGAAUUGGAAAAGGAAAGAAGAAGGUGGGAGGGACUGAGGAGGCUGCGGGAAGUUAUCUAAGUCGACGAAGCUCAUCUGAACUGGGUGAAGGGCCUAAGGAAUCUGAAGUGGUGGUUUUAAAGGAGCGAAGGCUGAUUCCAGUUGAACCAGUUCGUGAAGGCAUGAUGAGGCUUUCAUUUCUGCUUGAAACCUGUGCGCCCGGUACUUUUCCUGAUCCACAACUGGUCGCCGCUGUUUUAGAUUUGCCACAAGCACCAAUAGCUGCACGUGCUGCAUUCCUUAUAGAAUGCGCCCACUUCGUUCACCUUUGUAAUCGGGGCAUGUGGCCAACUUGGAUGAAACAAAAUCUACAAUCAUUUCGACCAUCUGGAGCUAACAUCAACGCUAGAGCACCAUUGGCUUCCGGAGCUAGACGAACACAUGUCCUACAAAGGGCUGCAGGGAAAAUGUUUCACCAGUGGGCAGAAAUUCUUGGCGCCAGACUUGAAGACAUUGUCAACGCAGAAAAGAAUACAUUCGACCAGGUUAACUCUUCCCUAACAGACCCCGAAAAGCAACGAGAACUUCUCCAAACAGACGAAGAAGAGGACUUUUUGGAUGAUGCUUGCGUUAAUCCUCAUGGCAAUGAUUGCCCAUACGCCCUUAAACUCAUCGCCUGUGUCCUUCUUUACGAGAUAACGUCAUUUUUACGCGAAACAUAUCAAACACUUCCAAAAACCUCAAAACUGUCACAUAAGGACAAGCCUGCUCCUUGGGACAAAGUUUACAGGGAAGCGAAUCGAAGAUGGUCUAUGGCACUCAGUUCAAUGGGUCAUUCACAAACUUCGGCACAAAGUCUUCAAUCAAUUGCAGGAGCGCAAACCGAAAGGAAAAUUUCGUUUGUUCUACACGAACCAGACAAUGAAUCGGAAAAUAGUAGCAACACAACGGUGACUAUGCAAGGAGAGGAAGUGAACGCAGCUCAACGUAGACCAGUGGCUGCAGUUCGUCCCUUCCUCCUACGACGUGGUACAACUGGGGCUCCAACGGGUGGUUCCUUCAAAAGGCGUUCUCUUAAACUUCGUCGGGGGACGAAAGACGGCAAAGAUAUUGAGGCUGAUUACUCUAUUCAGUCUCGGCGCAAAGUUUCAUCUCUUUCUGAUCGAAGUGAUACAUCAGAGCCAGGAAUUGUAAGCGGUGGCGAGGAGUCACCGGGAAUAUUAAGCGACGAUCAACCACCUGAAUCGCCGACAGAUUCCAAUGAAUCAGAUGAGACAGCAAAGAAUAUGCCAUGGAUGAAAUCUGUUAUCGAAGUGAUGAAUUCUUUCAACUUUUAUUGUACACAUCGAGGAUUUUGCCACCCAUAUUGCUACCAAAGGCAUAUGAGGGCCUCAUUUAGGCUUAUAAAAGCAGUGAGAAAGAUUUAUGGUGAAGAAUUUGGAUUCAUACUAAACGCUGAGGAAAUAUCUCACGAAACUCGCUUCACGAAAACCAGGGAACAACGACCUCGCUCGACUAGAAAAGUAUCUGAGCAGAGCUCCGCGCAGACAUCACCCUCAAAGCGAAAAGAUAGCUUAUCGGCUAGGAAAGAAAGAUUAUUACAUGAUGACCCAGACAGUGAAUUUGCUGAAAAAAUAGCAAAAAAUAUAAAACAAGAAUCCGAAACCAAGAAGAAAGAUCUCCCUCCCAUAUUGAAAUAUGUUAAAAAUCACGUUCGAGAGAUAUUUCAUUUCCCAAUGGCGACUUUGGUGAAGGGUGCGGUAAUUCUAAAUGAAGAUCUAUUCACUGAAGCUCUACCAGCUGCCUGGGAAUUACUAUUGGAAACGAAUCAGGAGACUGCUGCUGUUUCAGCAUCAUUAUUUAUCUUGGGUUCUGUAAAAGCACCAAAUUUUGCGUCGGAUAUAAUGAUGCGAGCCUUGAAGCAUAAAGAUCCCAAUAUAAAAAUUGGGGCUAUUCUAAGAUAUCAAGUUUUGUGGAAAUGCAGAUUUCAAGUGUGGCCUCGGAUGGAGGAUGGAGCUCACGUGUCCUUCAAGGUUCCACCCCCAGGAAUAGAAUUUACUCUUCCUUCGCCUAAAAUUGGAAUUGAAAGCUUGCCAGUAGUUGAUCCACCAUGGAGCCCUCGACAGCAAACGAAAGAUAUGGAGGUCACUUUAAAUCAAGAAAGACAUCGUUCCCUAGUAACUGCCACCAAAACCAGGAAGAAACAACAAACUGAAGCUAUUCGUCAUGCUAUUCAACAGCAAGAGGACAAACAACGUGCCGAACGACAAAGUUUUCUGCUAACCACCAUUCCUAUAAAUCAGCAAGCAUCACAUGAACCAGGUUUGGACCACGCACCUGGCGAGGAUCACGUAGAAGGAGAAGAAGACGCUGACGGAACUAGAAUCGCUCCUCAUUUGCACGCAGCUCACUCUUUAUUCCCAUCGGUACUAUGCUCUUCAGUGAUGCAGAUCGUAGCCUGUCUAGAUGAUGCUGCUGUAGGCUCAGAUGGGAAUGCAGUUUAUGAAAUCGCCUAUCAGGUCAUCUGGCACUGUCUAGUAGAAGAUUCUGCCCUAUUUCUCAGAUAUGUGCUGGAAAGGUUAACAAGAGACCGACAGGAUCAAAUGUUCAAGCUUCUAAGGCAUCUUAUUCGGUUUGUUCCUCGACUCCCACAACAGGCAGCGUUUGCUCUUUAUAAUUAUAUCAUUGGAUAUGUUAUGUUCUAUGUGCGAUCGUCCCAUGAACAAAGUCAGGAGUUAGUCGGAUCAGCGCUUUCCAUUUUAUGGAUGGUUGUUCAUAGUGUUCAUGGAAUAAUGUUCAAGGAUUUGAAGCAAAUCCUUCGAAAAGAACAAUGCGAUGCUUCCAUUCUACUCACAGCUAAUGUCCCUGCAGCGAAGAAAAUUGUUGUUCAUGGUCCUUUUGACGACGAUGGACAUAUCCCAUCCCAAUUUCCUGUACAGGAGGAUACGUUGUUUUGUCAACUGCUAAAAGAAGCUUUAGAUUUUUACCCAACAGAAGAGAAGAGUCAUCAUCAAUAUUGUCUAAUUGACUACAAAACACAUAAACUGUUAAAUCCAAACUGGUACAUCAGGGAUCUAUAUUUCUUCAAACGUUCGCAAUACCCACAAGUUCGUCUUUUGCAAAUGCGAACCGACGAAGCGUUUCUCGCUCUCCAGAAACAAGAACUCAUUAAAAAGUUUGUUGAAAUUGGAAAAGUGCAUCUUACUUGGGCUAUUUUGAAAAACGUAGACAUGGUCGUUCAGCGGGUCGUUUUUCUUCACGAAGAAUUGAUGAAAUUACCAUCCUUCCCAAGGAAAGCUCUCGAAGCAGAUUUGGACCUCCAUGUUGGAGGUGAAUUUGGAAAGGAGCUUCAUGGACUAGAUGUCUUACAUAAAUUUAUGUGGGUCCGUUUGAUCGCUAGGAUGUUCGAAGCUAUGGCUGGAAAUUUCGCGUAUUCGGCUGACAUUCAAUUGUUUUUGAAUGUCCUAUCAGGGGCAGCUAUCCUUCACGCUGAGGAUUCUUGCAUCAUGCGAUACGUGAUGGCUACAUUUAUCAAUGCCGCCUUUAAUUUUAAAAAUAUAUUUUCGACUAAUGGAUACUUCAUGAUAAUGCCAACACUUCUUCAAAUCUACUCACUCCAUCAAACCAAUAAGCUAAUAACAACCACGAUUGAAUAUGCUGUUAAACAAUUCUAUCUUUUGAAUCGUAAACCCUUCAUACUGCAAAUGUUUGGAUCGGUUUCCGCUAUUUUAGAUACGGAUGAAGAGGGAACUUAUGGCGAAGCUCACAAAGUUCAAUCGAGCUGUCUCUUCAAUCUGUUACUAAGUUUAGAAGAUCCCUCUCCCGAUCCACUUAACAUUGCUGAAUUAGUGAAGGAACCAAAACCGCUGAAGGCAAUUGAUUUUUGCUACCACGAUGAAGAUGAAAUGGUGACCGUGUUGGAUUGCAUAACUUUAUGUGUCAUGGUCGUCUCCUACUCAGCAGAAAGCACUAGGGGAUAUCAAAUGCUGAUCAUCCUAGAGGCAAUAUUACCAUGUUAUAUGCAGCAAAUUCAGUCUCCAAGUUACAUACCCCUUCAAGGCAAGUCAGAACGAGAUAUUCUACUUCAACUAGCCGUAGCUAUUCGCACCAUGGUUCAUAACUGUGAAGGACUUGCUAAAAGCUACAAUGGACCAUACAGAAAUAGUCCUGAACAUAAAGGAUCCAGUCAAAGGAAUUGCAGUCGUGGUCCACCCUGUUCACCGGGCAUCGACUUUGAAGAUGAAUCUCAUUCAAAAUACGUGAGCGAUACAAGGACAAAAAUUCUUAUCGAUUCAGCAGAAGAUUCGGAAAUGGUUCGAACAGAAUAUAGACGUCCAAGGGAUGUCUUACUAUCUCUAGUAGGAGAAUUUCUCAGUAAAGCUUCAACAAGGCUUCAGGAAUUAUCCAAGAAACAAGCAAGUGAUGCAAAACCUAUUGAGUUGUUGGACGCCAAGUGUCAUAUAAGACUCGCGGACAUUGCACAUUCUCUGUUGAAAGUGUCACCAUACGAUCCUGAAUCAAUGGCGUGCAGAGGUCUUCAGCGUUAUAUGCAGUGCAUCCUUCCUAGAGCAGAAUGGUCGAAUGAUACAUUACGAAAUGCACUAGUUACUGUUUUAAGGCGACUUGAUAAAGUUUUCCUAAAGAUCUCUAAGAAGCCAUCCAUUAGAAGAAACACAGACUGGGAAGCAGCAGCUGGAUUGUUGAAGGGAAUCCACGAGACCAUUGUUCGGCAUCCUUAUGUGCUUCACUGGCAGCAUAUAAAGGCUCUUUUGAAUACUGUGCAGAAUCUUAUCAUAAACGAGCCGGGAGCUACUACUGAUGGAGUAUCGAGUGCCGGUGCAGCUUUGAUGUCCCAGAGUCCACCAGCCUUCUUCUGUUCAACUGUUGUUCGGUUGCUCUCACUUCAAGUAGUCAGUCCCGUCGAAGGCUUUUCACUGGAACAAAUGUGUGGUGGAGGAUCCGAAUUUGCCACCCAAGAAAAGGCUGAAGGGUUUUUAAUGCAUCUGCUCAUGCCAUUGUGCUUGAAAGUUUGUUCAGGACGCGGGGUUUCCGAUAUAGGAGAACUGAGACAAACGGACGUGUCUUACCUAGUUACUGUUGUGCUGAAUUCAAUGAGCCCACCAGCUGGACGAACUGGACAAGCCGUUGUCCAAAUAAAUCGAGCUGGAGGAGAUUUACGUGCAGGUUCUUUAACGUUUACAGGGAGCAGAGAUGCAAAACGUCCAGCUAGAAUAGCAGGGUCUUUGUAUCAAGCGGCAUUUUUGGCUCUACGAAUCUUAUGUAUAUGUUUUGAAACAAGACUGGCAAACGAGUGGCCUCGAAUCGCAAGGGUUAUGCGAGAUUUAGGACGUAGGAAUGAAGCAGCUCCGGAUUUAUGGAAUUUCAUGGAGUUUGUCGUUACGCAUCGAACUCCACUUUAUAUAGUAUUAAUGCCUUUUAUACUUCACAAGAUUUCACAACCGCCUAUCGGUGAUCAUGAGCGGCAUAUGCAAUUUUUGAUUCGUGAACGUCUCAGGGGAACGCCUCCUCAAGGCGGAAUCAAAUCUAAAGGAGCACUACUGCUCGAACUCGCCCGUGAAUUGAGAGACUUAAGAGAUGAACUGGAAGAAAAACGAUAUGAACCCAAUCGUCGCGAUACACAACAGCCCCAAGCUCAAUCGAAUGACGGCCAAAAGCACCAACAAAGGCCAUCAUUGAUUUCGCUCUUCACAGGAGCUGCCGGUCAACAGGGACACUCACAUGUCUCCACAGUUCAAACUAUUGAUUCACGCAGUGGUUCUGUUGGAAUGGCUACCCCAAGUGAUACUUUAUCUCAGCAAACACUACACCCACCGAGGGAGUCCUUGUCGAGCGGAUCAACUGGAACAAACAAAGAGCAUAUAACCAGUGACAGUCACAGUGUUGAAGGAACAACUCCCACUCCUAGUGCAACACACACUAGUGGUUCAGCAACUGUUAUUACUGGUGUCAUCGGUACCGGUUCCCUGCCUCAUCUUUCGCAUUCCCAAUCUAUGCAACAACAUCACUACAAAGCCCAGCCACCACGGCUUAGAUUUGUUUCAUCCGUAGAAUUCAGGCAUUCUUCUGGUGAAACUUCAACGACCCCAUUGUCUCCAGAAAGUCCUGCGGAUGAUAGUUCAUCGGAACACCAAAGGCCACGAUUACAACGAUCAAAAGCUUCUAGUCGCAAAACCUUCCGAUUGAAAAGAGGACGUGCUUCACACACAGAAAUCACUCCCCAUGCCGCAGAUCACCCCCAUACAUCACACGAACGUCCGAAGGCUGUUAACGAAAUAUCAUGGGAUUCAGUCUCACAAACCUCGUCUACAUCAGGCUACCGUGAUAACAAUAGUAUUCAGGCUGGACUUCUAUCACCAGACGGGUCCCUUGCCGGGGCAAAUUUGGGGCGGUCACCGUCACAACAUUCGUUAUUGAUGUUGUACGAAACACAGGACGAGGAUACACUUAUUUAAAAAGUUGAUUAGAUUUUUAAAAUUUUUUAUUAUACUUAUUACCUAUAACAAUUUACAUAUAGUAGAGUAUUACCAAACUUCCCCUGGCCUAAGUGUCAGCCUAUGCCAAAAGUUUGACGAAACGGGUUUUAGAAAGGAAACGAAGGUAGGACUUAUUCGAUUUAUUGAUCAGAAGAGUUAAAAUUCGCGAUGAGGAUACGACAGUUAGGAUAGAAAAGUAUUAAAUGUUAGAAAUAUAAAUAUUAUUGCUGUUAGUGUUGUGUCAAUUUUUAUAGUAACAUUUACCAAAUAAUUGCCAAAUUCUUAUGGUUAGCAAAGGUGCAUUGCUAGGAAAGUAGGUAAAAGUAGCUAAAGUAGCCAAGGUAGCUAAGGAUCUAAUUGAAUUGAAUGACUUGGAAGCGUUGAUGCCAAGUAUGAUACGGUAGAAUCAGUAUUAGCCAAUUGAAAUCGUUCAGGUAGAAGUAAUGUUACAUUGAAUUUUUAUCCCAGCGGUACAGAGUAUUACUUACGCGUGGUAUUUAGGAUCGGAUUGGAUACGUAUUAAAGGCCAAAUUUAUUAAUCCUUGCCAAAACAUCCGAAUAUUGGCCAAAGUAUUUCUGAAAUUUUAUAGAUAAAAGUAUUAACUAAAUGUCCUAUUUGAACAAUUAUUGUGAUGUGAUCGGAACACAUUAUCGAGUGAAUUGGUAAUGAUAAUCCUGUAACACUAGCCCAAUUAUAAUCCUUUAUAGAAACAUAUAUGUUAGUGGUUAUGCUUCCGAAUAUAAGAAAUAUUUAUGUU